ACAUCACUAGUUAUAUUGAAGUUUGUCCCGACCCGAUCGGUCGAAGCGGCUCCUUUGCGUUGUGAUUGUGAAGUUACAUUUUACGAUUUAUUUUAAAUUUAAUGACUUUCAUUAAGUUUACGUUAACGCUAUGAAAUAAAUCUGCGAUAAGUGUCUGUGAGUGAGCGUGUGUAUUGUGAAAAUAAUUUAAACUGCAAGUUGGAAAUAGUUGGAGUUGCCAAAAACUGGUUUAGGUGUCGCGAGCGCAACCAAUCAGAAGCAUGCCGUAGCGGCGGACGAUGUCGUUCCACGAAUACGCCAUCAUGUACGUGUCGAGCUGGAAGCGCGUUGUGGUGAUCCUAUUCGUGAUCUGGGCGGGCACGGUGUACCUCAUGCUGUCGCCAUCGAGGUGCGGCCUGAACGAAGACCUCGACAUUGUGGAGCUCACUAGCUUGAAGUCACAGCUGGAGGAACUCAGGCAAAAUAAUUUAAGGCUGCUGGCGCAGUUCAAACAAUCCGGCCUCCUAUCCAACCUGGACCCGGGGUCGUUGCCCUUCGACUCGGGGCAAGGUCCGCCCGUGGAGUAUGAGCACCUGCGGCGGCGCAUCUACUCCAACAUGAAGGAGCUGUGGUACUACCUGCAGCACGAGCUGGGCGCGGCCGCGGCGGGCGACGCCGGCGGGGAGCGCCUGAGGGACAUACUGGACGAGGCCGAGGAGCGGAAGAGGUCGCUCCUAUCCGACAUGGAGAAGCUGCCCUCCCUGGACGGCUACCAGGAGUGGCGCGAGGCCGAGGCGGCCAACGCGAGCGACCUGGUGCAGCGGAGACUGCGCUACUUGCAGAACCCUGCAGACUGCGCCAACGCGAGGAAGCUUGUUUGCAACUUGAACAAGGGCUGCGGCUUCGGCUGUCAGAUGCACCACCUAGUCUACUGCCUGAUAUUCGCGUACGCCACGGAGCGCACCCUCAUCGUGAACUCCAAGGGCUGGCGGUACAACACCAAGGGAUGGGACUACACCUUCUACCCGCUUUCGGAAACUUGCACUACGACGUUUGACGAUAAAGUGCAUCCUUGGCCAGCGCAAUCCGAGGCGAAGGUGAUCUCUCUGCCGUACAUCGACUCCAUCUCUCGCAAGCCACAGUUCCUGCCGCUGACUGUACCUAAGGACUUGGCUGCUAGAGUGUUGAAGUUUAAUGGCGACCCGGCGGCGUGGUGGAUCGGGCAGGUGCUCAAGUUCAUCCUGCGGCCGCGGCCCGAGAUGCAGCGCGCCAUCAACGAGACCAUCGCCAAGAUGAACUUCCAGAGGCCUAUUGUCGGCAUCCACAUCCGCCGAACAGACAAAGUGGGCGCGGAGGCAGCCUUCCACCACAUACACGAGUACAUGAAGCACGUGAAGCAGUACUACGACAAGCUGCAGCUGAGCACCGACGUGCGCGCGCGCAGGGUCUACAUAGCCACUGAUGACCCUAAUGCGUUAUCAGACGCCCGGUCCAAAUACCCGGACUACACAUUCCACGGCGACCCGUCCAUAGCGAAGACGGCGGCGCACCGGCGGUACACCCCGCUGUCCCUCACCGGGCUACUGGUGGACUUGCAGCUGCUGUCUUCAUGCGACUACAUCGUGUGCACGUUCAGUAGUCAGAUCGGCCGGCUAGCGUACGAGAUGAUGCAAGCGAACCGCGCGGACGCGUCCAACAGCUACUUCACUCUGGACGACAUCUACUACUACGGGGGGCAGAACGCUCACAACAGGAUAGCGGUGCUGCCUCACAAGGGGGGCAAGCACGAGGAUAUCUCGUUUGAGGUGGGAGAUUUCAUAGGAGUAGCCGGGAACCAUUGGAAUGGUUACGGCAGAGGAACAAAUAAAAAGACUAAUCAGGAUGGCCUGAUCCCCUGGUACAAGACGGCGGACCACCUCGUUAUGUACGCAUUCCCAGAGUACAAACAAGUCCCUCUGUACAAGGGACAGAAGAUAGACCCGGAUACGUAGCAGGCAGAAAAGAGGUCCGGCCUGUAAGACCUCGUUAGUGAAAAAAAGUUAGCAAACUGACAAAAAAAGUUUAGUGCAAAAGUGUUUUCGGCCAGCCAUAAAGUCGGCUGUUUUUGUUUCGUUUGGGGCUGUGCAAAGGCUAUGGAAUGUGUUGUAUAGUGCCACUAACUUCUGUGGUCCGUUGACAGCUAAAGUGCGCAAACUUGAAUGCAGUGGAUACGUUUUUGGUUGGCUGUCAUAGCAUCAGAUUUUAUUAGUUGGUGUCCUUGAUGUUUAUUUAACUUAUUCAUACAGUUUCAAGAGAUUAAAAUCAAUGAUGAAUAGACUUUUCAGCAUAUUGAAGGAACAUGUAUGAUCAAUUUUAGUCCCCUGAAAUUUUACGGAAUUUAGAUUAUUUUCAAAGUCAUGAAUAAAAUUAGUCAUGACUUUUAGUUAUUAAUGAGUCUCAUCCAAUGUGCUCAAACAUUACUUCAUAAAGUUCAAGAAAAACGAUUUCUAUUACCUAAAUAUUUGUGGCCGGCUGUAUAAAUGAUAUUUUUCAUAUUUCGAGAUCUGUCGGAGCUAAAAUCUCUAUUAGAUCUUUAACUAUUUUAAUAACUCCAGAUUACGGUUUUUUCUCCUUUAGUCCAAUUAAAGUUAUUAGAAGAAUAAAAUAGUGGCCAUCACUGUCUUUCUAAACUCCAGUUUCCGAUAGUU